UGUUCAAGAAAAUGUAUUUCAAAACCGAGUUGAUAUGGUAUAAUGCUUUACUACUGGCUUUAUUGCACAUUAUUGGUAUUUAUGGUUUAUUGACUUUCAACUAUUUGGAAAACCCAAUGACUACAUUGUGGAUUUUUGUCGUGUACAUUAUAUCCCAUCUCGGAGUGACCGCUGGCGCACAUCGACUUUGGAGUCACAAAAGUUACAAAGCCAAGUUACCAUUAAGAAUUUUCCUUAUGGUAUGCUUUAGCGCUUGUGCACAGAAUUCGAUAUAUAAGUGGGUGAAAAAUCAUCGUAUGCAUCAUAAAUAUAGUGAUACUAAUGCCGAUCCUCACAACCGGGCGGGGGUUCUUUUUUCGCAUGUUGGUUGGAUAAUGAUGAAGGAAGAUCCGGAAUAUAUUGAAAAAAGCAAGCAAAUCGAUUUAUCAGAUAUGAAGUCAGAUCCCGUUGUAGUUUUUGGUGAAAAAUACUUCUUGUUACUUCAAUUACUGUUUGGUUUCAUUCUACCUACAAUGAUACCCGUGUACUUCUGGAAUGACACCUGGGCUAGAGCCAUCAUAUCGCAAGCGUUUAUACGAUACAUACUCACUCUAAACGCUGUGUGGUCUAUCAAUAGUUUCGCUCAUGCCGUUGGUACCAAACCAUAUAAUAAGAAUAUAGAACCGACAGACAAUAACUUGAUGAAUUAUAUAACGACAGGAGAAGGAUAUCACAAUUAUCAUCAUACGUUUCCAUGGGAUUACAAGUCAGCAGAAUUAGGAACCAAUAUAAUGAAUUACUCUACAUUCUUUAUCGAUAUUUCUGCAAAAUUAGGAUUAGCCUAUGAUCUCAAGUAUCCAUCCCUGAAAUUGGUAAAGAGCGUCAUUUUAAAUAGAGGUGAUGGGAGUCAUCCAAAACACCAAGAGCAAAGUCCAAUUAAUUAAUGAUUAAUAUAAUGAUUAAAAAUACAAACAUAAUCACAAAAGUAAA